AUGUCCCCAAUCCCGUCUGAAUUGGCCGCUCCCGUGGCAAUUCGAGGCUCUGCUGCCAGAAGGUUGCUUCCAGACAUUUCGCCACCCGCUAGCAAUUCGCCACCUACCCGUUCCUCGGUCAGCCCAGGAAAACACCAACAACGCGAUUCAUUGGAACACUCCAGAAUGCAGGGAUACGCUCUUGAUUACCCCAAAACUGCGAGCUACAGCGAUAUCCAAGCAUUACAGAUGGACGAAGCGUCUCGCUUCUUUGCGCGUGCAAAGCCGCGCACCUUGGAUAUGCCGCAGUUGUUGCCAUACGAAACCGAAACGCCGCAGAAUCAGGCCAAGUAUCUCGCGCACAUUGUCUCUCACUUGUACAUCGCCGUGAAGACGCUCGACUUACAGGGCCUUUUGGUGGUGAGUCCUAAGGACUUGGUCGCUUUGAAAGAUACCCCGGGGUUUUCUGACGUCCAGUUGGCCUUAGACACCGGAUUGUUCCAGUUGGAUUCGCACGACCAGGAGGAGGCGAUUGAAGAUGAGGUGGAUGACGAUGACGAUGAUGACGGUGAGGUUUCCUUAACCAGCACGGCGGUCGUAGGGUCACCAAAGUCGUCGGCCGUGGUGAGCGUACGCCACUGGACCAACGAGUUGAAUGUGUGGAUGAAGAUGAAGUUCGACAUGCCCGUGCAGUUGCGGAUUGCGCUCGCGCGUGUCUACUACGCCAUUUGUCUUUCCCGUGGGCAGUCGCUCUCAUUGCAGACGUUUCUCAACAUGUUCAACCAGUUGGUAAAAGACAAGCCGUUGAUGAAGAAGCACGGCUUGAGACUUGCCUGGCGGCCACUCUUCAAAGAGUUUGAGAAUGAGUUCCCCAAGUACGACGCAUUGGUAGACGAUAUUGAAACUAAAUCCCAUAAUGACAUGCUCACUCUCGCUCUUAACGCGAACCAGUUUUUUGACCCGGCCGCGACGGAGGAGAUUAUCAAGGAGGUUUUGAGCAGGUUUUCGUUGCUGACCGCAUCUUUGACCAUCUCUACAUUGUAUGCGCUUCUUCCGUGCACAUUCAACGCCGGCUCUGACGUGCGUGACUACCUCCCGUCCAUCUUCAACAUCUGGGCUACCACGGUCAAGACGAAGGGCAUCGAUGGCCACCUCAGCGGUUUGUUGGGAAGAUUGGCGGAGCAGUACAUCCGCUACUUGGCCAAUGAAGUUGAGUACGCUUCCGCCGAGGAAAACAAGGAGCGUUUGUCCAUCUAUGGAGUCUUUUCGCAGGCCCAGUUCUCGUCUAUUACCAAUGUCUUGCUCAACUCGUUGAACAUCAACCCCGAGAUGCUCAACCCGUAUCCCUCCUCCAACGUGUACCAUGGCUAUGCGGCGUGUAUUGUUUUCUCUAUGAAUGGUGAUGCUGCACUCGUGCCCGAUGGUAUCAUGGACCAGGUUGCGUUAUUGGUCAACGCGAUUGCCACGUACAUUCACCCCUCCAACGCCGGCGCAUGGACUGGCUCUAUUACCAAGGUGAUUGACUCCUUAAUUUACCAGUACCACAAGCGAUUGAACCAGGAAAAAACCUCCUUGCAGGGCCUCCCCGAAGCUGUCAAGUUGAGUCCGGCGGUCACGAAGCAGUUUGUCAAGAUCAUGUUGCCUGUGGUCAUAACGGGUAUUCAGUCGAAGAAGGACUCGGUCAUCAACACCUUUGUCCAUAGCUUAAGCUUAUUGGCCUACUUGAACCCUGAGUACGUGUUGGAUACUGCCUUGUUAGACAUCUACGAAUCGUUGGAGGGAGUCAUUUCCUCUCACAGAGUCCAUUCGGCCAUGAAGGUCUUGGCCGCUUUGGUGAGAUACAUGGCCUCGACUCCAGUCUACCGUGUGCACGUCACCCGAGUGUUAACCAUGGUUAUCCCGGGCAUUGAUUCCAAUGAUUUGUUCAAAACCUUGUAUACAUUGAACAUUUUUACCGCCGCCUCGUCGUUCAUUCCCUUUUCUGACUUGUCAGAUGGAAAUCUGGACACCGGGAUCGCCAUGCAGUUCAUUCAGCAACACCUAGAGUACCUUGAGAUUCUCAAGAUCCACGACGGUGAUGAGGCAGCGUUAAGUGCGUAUGGUAUUUCUCUGGAGCGGUUCUUUUACGAACCAGAAUUUGAGCUUGAGGCCUUGAAGUCCUCGUCAGUUGCAUUUAACGAAGUGAUCAGGUUGUUCUUCGGUCGCAUGUAUAUCUUGCUUGAAAACUUGACGGACCCGUCAAAGACCAAGGGUGGGUUGGAAAAGGCCGUACUCAUGGCGUUGCCCAAGUGUGUCAACCAGAUUUUUGAAGCUAUGCCUGGCAGCUAUUUUGCCAAAAUUGCCGACGAGUUUUUCGCUUACAGCAAAGACAGUCUUCAUCAUUCAACCGCAGAGGCCACUGCUUCGAUAAGCGGCUUCAUUGUGAAGCGUGAUCCUGCUUUCUUCAAGAAGUAUAUGGAGUACUUGAUUCCUCGUAUCAGAGAGGAAAUUAAGGAAGGGGCUGGUGCUCAGAGAACCGGAUCCGAGAUUGUUCCGCGUGAUGAGCCGUUGUUUUGUAACCUCUUGGUGCUCAAUUCCUGUGUUGAAUACGGCGGUGUUCAGAUCCUCGACUAUCAGACUGAGUUGGUGGCGUUAGUGACUCAUCUUAUGCAGAACGUCAAGGGACCAAGUGUGUACAUCAGUACCUACUUGAUCCACCAGAUUUUACACUCUGUUUCCACCAUCCGGCUUGCCGAAACCAGAUUGAUUUCUCCAUCAUACACGCUGAAGCAUGGCAUUACAGCUGAGUGCUGGGGUGGAUUCCAGUUCAGCGACGAGAGGUUCAGCAAACUGAACUUGACCUUUGAGUGGCACAUCCCCAAUGGUGCGGAGAUCACCUUUGCGGUGGAUGCGUUUGAGAAGAUUGUUAACGAGGCGUUGGGAAACCUUUCCGCUCUUAUGAAGCUAACUCCUACGAAGGAGGCGGGAAAGCCCCGUAAUUUACUUGAUUUUACGGACGACUUCCGUCACAACUUGUUGUGCAUCUCGCACGCCUUGUCUGGUGUUGCUCAGUUGCUGGACCCGUUGUAUGAUGCCAAGGUCCCAAAGCAUCGUCAAAGUUCCCAUGGUGGCCUUCAGAGUCGAUUGAUGGUUUUGAGACAGAUCCGUGCAUCGUCAGGCGGUGCUUCGACCCCGACGCCGCAGGAGUGGUUGUUUGAUGAUUCGGUGAUCAACACUCCUACGACCAUUCCCAAUGACAAUGUUCUUUUGGACCAGAAUGAUGAUGAUGACGAUGAUAUCGGCGGCGAGGACCUGAGAUUCGGUGCAGAGGUGCCAAUGACGUCGGAGCCCACCCCUUCGGCUACCUCUCCGCCAACACCAGGAAUUGACGGGGAUGCUGACAACAUGACUUUGAUGAAUCCUACCUUCACGUCAAGAGACUCGAAGUUGUACUCUAGUAACUACUUCUUCGGCCAAGAGAGCGAUGACAGGCUUGGACACCCCUUAUAUCGGAAGAUCCACCAGCUCCGGGCUAAGGUUGGGAAACACUUGGAAGAUAUCUGUACCUUCUUGAUCGAUAACCAUGAAAACGACAUCACCUUGUUCAAGAUCUUUUUGCAUUCCUUAACCACGUGGUUCUAUGAUGUCGGGUUUGACACCAGCCACGAACAGAAGACUGCUAGUUACAGAUACCUCUACACGAUCCAGCAUAUCAACCGGGUGCGCAAGCCGUUUACCAGAUCCGGCUUUGGGGCGAGACUUGAGCUGUACCACCGUCAGAGGGCUAUUAUCCACGCGAGCAGCCGUGUUGCGACUGAUUUGGACAAAAAGUUGAUUGCUAAAACCGCCGAGUUGUGCAACUCUGUCUAUAUUGACAUUUCUCGUUCUGCACAAGUGGCAAUGAGUAGAAUCAUGAAAAAGGUGUUGGGCUCAUACUCUCUUUUCAUGAAGGUGACAUUUAAGCACAUGGUGGAAUCGCUCAUCGCGAACGACCACAACAAGAUCGAAAGUGGGUUACGUUCCUUUGCCCACAGAGGGGUGAAGCGCAAGAUUUCUGCUGACUUUAACAACAUCAACGAGUAUGCCUCCAUCUUGCUCAGGUGUAUGAAUGUGGACAAUGUCAGGGUCAGUGAUAUCGCGCAGAAACUUUACAAGAGCUUUUCCAAGCACUUACGGAUCCCGUCAAGCAUUUGCCUUAUUGAUUUGGACGAAGUGGAUAUUAUCAAGCCGCGUGACGAUUUGAUUGAGGUUGAGGUGAGGGCGGUGCGCAUUGCCAAAGAGAGCAAGAGAGACGCAUACUUUAAGAAGUUGACGACGCUUGAGCACACCAUUGUGGACGUUCAACGAAACACUAAACAUUGGAAGUCCAAGCUUUUGAAUGUGAAUUUGCUCUGCUCCAUCCAACAAGACUUAGAGGUGGCCUCUAAUUACGAUGUCAUGGAAAUUUUGAUGAAGGAAUCCACAAACCUGCACCCAGACAUUUCCCGCGCCUCUGUUAAGGGCCUCAAUUCCCUCCUCACCAAGUUUGAAGAUUUGAGUGCGUACAACUACGAUCUCGGCAAGCUUGCAGAUUUAGGUCACUUCCCAGACGACGUCUUGACGGUCAGUACGAAGGGCCAACCGGGAAAGUCUUUCACCUCAACGCUACAAAAGGAGUUACACAACCAGACUGAUCCUUCUUUCUACUUUGAUAAUAAGCUCUCCACUGGCUGGUUAUUCUGGGGUGAUGAGUUGACCGUUGUUAAGCCGCAAGCCUUCUAUCAGUUGGCUUUAAAUGAGCACGAUGAACAUGUUUUAAAAAGCUUCUGCAAGUUAAUCACCAAGGACUGGUUGACGAAACUUAUUGGUGUUGUGAUUGAGGAGAAUGAAGAACGUGCCACCUUCCAGGGUACGGACGUGUUCCUCUUCAGAGUUGUCAUUCAGUUGAUUUCAGCUGGUUAUGUCGAGAGUUUAAAGUUUGUGGAUCUCAUUGACAUCGUUAACGAGAAGUACUCGAGAGACGAAAAAAAUGUGCAUGUUGUCAUCUGCGAACUUUGUGCUGGCUUCCUUAUUGCCUCCAAGUACACUGCUGUCGAGUUUGUGGAUAUGAGAGAUGAAUUCUUGUCUACGACCUUAACCAGAGUUCUCGAGGAUGAUUUGUCCCCUGAGAACAAGGGUGUGUGGAACAUCUUGUGCUGGUGGGUGCCGUCACAUUGCGACAUCCGUCGUUACCCAAAGACCGCUCACUUGUUGACCAGCUUCAAGCUCGACAAGACGUCUGAUGCUGCCUUUAUUGAAUCUACCAGGCUUUCGUAUUUGAAAUCGUUUGUCAACAGCAUCACGUGGAAGUAUGUUGGUGCCGACACGUUGCUCAAGAAUUGCUUUGAGAACAUAGACCAUCCGUACCAAGCCGUUCGUGAACAAGUGGCAAAGUUGGUUACGGUGUUGAUCUAUACCCAUUUCAACACGUCAUAUUCGUGUUUGCAGCAGUAUGUUUCCGCGAAUAAUGCUGCCGGUGAUUUGGGGUGUGAGCCCUUCCUUCUUGGUCAGAGCUCACACAACUUUAUUGUCAAGUCCUUUGAGCAGACUGAGCAGUGGCGUGCCGAGACCGAAGGCAUGAGUCCGCAGGCAGUUAUGAACUCCAGAUAUUUCCGUGCUUCCCGUACCCUUUUGUGCAUGAUAAAGCAAAUAUCCCUCACCUCGUCGUCCAUCGUUCUUGAAAGAUACUUGGUAGAUUAUUUGUGGCCAUUCUUGAUGCACCUCUCUGGUUUCAAAGACGUUUGCAAGUUGGCAAACAUUAAUCCACCCCGUGUGUUCCUCAAGUUGGCCCAGCUCCCUUACCGCGCAUCCAUGCUCGAAGGAAUCAUCACAAAUGUGGAAGCAACGGUGUCGGCCGAGAACCCUUCCAAGAGAAGUCUUAUGAUUGUCAGCGCGUUUAUCCAGAUUUUCUAUUUCAAGAAUUUCUUCCUACUCUCGCAGCCACAAAAACAGAAGAUUUUUAACAUGAUCUCUAAGUUGUGUUUCGCCAAGAUCCUCGAAGUCCGCGAAUCUGCUGCCUCCACUCUUUCUGGUAUGGUUCACCUUUCGGACUCGCAGAAGGAUGAUGAUUUUGUGUCGCAAGUUUUGCAUAGGUGCACACAGAUCCUUAUGCAGAAGAACAGAGGUAAGAUCUCUAACGAGGAAUCGGUUAGUCUUCAUGGUGCCACCCUAGGACUUGGGUCUUUGAUCAACGCAUUCCCGUAUGCUUCCCCGCCACCAAAAUGGGUCCCAAGAGCGCUUGCCAGCCUCGCAAAGUACGCGUCUGGUGUGCAAGGGGUAGUUGGUAGGACAGCCAAGGAAACUUUGAGUAACUUCAAGAAGACGAGACAGGAUACAUGGGAGGUGGAUAGUAAAUCGUUCACCUCGGAGCAAUUGGAAGACCUUGAGGGAGUGUUGUGGAAAAGCUAUUUUAUUUAA